AUGUCUCAGCGAAACCGAAGCGGCCGCGGCUCAAACCGCAACAAUGGCAGCGGCCAUGGCGAAGAGGUGCAGCUAUGGGAAUCUGCGAAGGAAAAGUUCCACGAGGUUGUGAACGGUGUCAACCAAGAAAAUGACAACUUGGCCGAGCUAUUGAAGCUUGACAAGAAGGCAGCCAUGGCCAGCAUGGACGGUGGAAACCCAUCAGGCAGCGAUCUUAACAAGAUGGAGCAGAACUGCCGUUCUGGUGUCAAGCUGUCGGAGAACAACUCGAACAACAUCAAGAACCUCAUUGAACAGCUUAAAAUUCUCAAGGCUGUGCAGCAGGCCAAGGAAGCAGCAGAGGCUCCAGCGACAACCGGCGCUUCAUCACGGACCGGGAGCUCGACCCGCAAUCGGGACGCUGCCGCGGCAGCACUCUACGACUUUGACGGAGCCGGUGACUCUCCGGUGCCUAGCCCCAUCGGCGGAAGCUCGCGCAAGUACGGCGACCGGGGUAGCAACCGCGACAGUAUGCCUCCCAAGGCAGAUAGCGUCGAGCCACAGGGUUCCACGGGCUCCAACACGGCAGGUUCAUCGUCAGGCGCCUUGGGGUCAAGCGCUUCCUCUGCCGCUCGAAGCAAGAUAUCGUUCUCCAAAGGAGACAAGGUAGCGUUCAAACGGAAGAAAGAUGAGCCGCAGCAGGGUGAGGCACCGUAUGAUUGGAUACUAGGUGAGGUGGUCGGCGUCAUUGGCGAAGGCAAGAGCCGGCGGUACAAGUGCUUGGAUGUGGAGCCGGAGGACAACGUCAAGCCGAAGGAGUACAAGACCUUUGCGUCGGGCAUGAUACCGAUCCCGGCGGAGAACCAGACACACAAUCUCGCUAAGCUGGAGGGGGGCAGGAUGGUCCUCGGGCUCUACCCACAGACAACGGCAUUUUACGCAGCAGACGUUGUCGGCACGGAGCCGGACGGCAAGACGGUCAACCUCAAGUUUCAUGGCGAAAACGACUCAUCGACUACGCAUCAGGUGGAGCGGCGCUACGUGCUGGAGUACCGGCCCUGA